AUGGCUGAAAUGAUGAAUCUUCGAAAUAUGAAAUACUACAAACCACGGCGUACACCGCGAACUAGUGAUUUUAAAAGUAUGUUCCGGUUUGAAGAGGAAAAUGUGAAGUGGUUAGCCCAGAACUUUCUAGGCGAGAGUGUAGAAAGGCGUGGUGGUGCAUUAUCAGCUUUACACAGAAUGAAAGUAUGUUUAACGUAUUUGGCAAAUCCAGGUUUCCAAAGCGGAAUUAGCGAAGAGCUAGGCAUUGAGCAAUCCACUGUUUCUCGCACUGUGAGAGAUGUGGUAAAAAAAAUAACUCUACAGGCUAAUCGUUGGAUUCAGUUUCCUAAAAGUCACCAUCAUAUAAUGAAAGCCAAAGAACUCUGGGCAAGCCGGUUUAGAUUUCCGACUGCUAUUGGAGCACUAGACUGCUCACAUGUGAAAAUAGAGAAACCCAACUUACAUGGGGAAGAAUAA